CCCGCCCCGGGCACGCCCACGUGUCAGUUUACGGAAGUUAGUUGGCGCAUUGCAUACUGGGAAGCGGUUGCCGGAAGUGGGAUAUUGAGUGAGAAGCGGCGGAGGUUGUAAGCCAUGGCAGAGAUGCAGAGCCUGGUUGAACGCCUGGAGAAAGCUGUGGGAAAGCUGGAGAUUCUUGCUGCUGGUUCAGGGGGAGCUUCGGCUUCUGCAGAUGCAGCCAAGUAUGUCCAGGCCUACGAUGCACUAGUUAGUGGACCUGUCGGAGAAUUCAUGAAGCUCAGCAGUGAGAUUGGAGGAGAUGUGAAGACACAGGCUGAGCUGAUUCUGUCUGGCAUAAAACUGCAACGAGACAUUCUGGUGACAGCAUCUCAGUGUCAGCAGCCCACAAAUGGGGAUCUUGCCACUCUCCUUGCUCCCCUGUCGAAACAAAUUCAGGCAGUCCAGGACUUUCGGGAGAAGAAUCGGGGUAGCAAGCUGUUUAACCACCUCUCUGCAGUAAGCGAGAGCGUUCCUGCCUUGGGUUGGGUAGCGGUGACUCCAAAACCGGGACCAUAUGUUAAGGAAAUGAUGGAUGCAGCUAUGUUUUAUACUAACAGAGUACUUAAGGAAUACAAGGAUGUGGAUAAGAAGCAUGUUGAGUGGGUCCGAGUCUAUCUGAACAUUUGGACAGAGCUGCAGGCUUAUAUAAAGGAGCAUCACACAACUGGCUUGAGUUGGAGCAAAACGGGAUCCAAGGCUUCAGGUACCCUCUCGGCACCAUCUGCUCCUCAGCCUCCAAAGGUUGGUCCUCCACCUCCUCCUCCUGGAGGACCUCCACCGCCACCACCACCCUCAGCUCCUGCACAAAAUGAUGAUUCUAUCUCCCGCUCUAAGCUGUUUGCAGAGCUCAACCAAGGAGAGAAAAUAACCAAAGCCCUCAAACAUGUUCCUGAUGACAUGAAAACUCAUAAGAAUCCCGCUCUGAAGGCUCAGAGUGCUCCAGUGAGGAGUGGGCCCAAACCCUUCACCAGCCCCAAACCAACUAAUGUUGGCUCACCUGCUGCUAAACCGAUCGCAAAGAAGGAACCCCCUGUUUUGGAGCUGGAGGGCAAGAAGUGGAGGGUGGAAAAUCAAGAGAAUGCAUCUAGCCUGGAGAUCAGGGACACUGAACUCAAGCAAGUGGUUUAUAUUUACAAGUGUGUCAACAGCACUCUGCAAAUUAAGGGGAAGAUCAACUCCAUCAUUGUUGAUAACUGCAAGAAGCUCGGCUUAGUAUUCGAAGAUGCUGUUGGGAUUGUUGAGAUCAUCAAUUCUCGGGAUGUUAAAGUACAGGUAUUGGGUAAAGUGCCAACUAUAUCUAUUAACAAGACUGAUGGCUGCCAUGUUUAUUUGAGUAAAGAGAGUUUGGAAUGUGAGCUCAUCAGCGCCAAAUCGUCAGAGAUGAACGUCCUCGUCCCCGGCAGUGGAGGAGAGUUCAGCGAGUUCCCAGUGCCGGAGCAGUUCAAGACUGUCUGGAAUGGCAAGAAGCUGGUGACCACAGUGACCGAAAUUGCAGGGUAGAUGUGGUGAUGGAUGUAAUUUCCUCCAUGGCCAUCUGUAUUCUCUCUGCUGCUUUUUUCUCUUGAGGAUUACUCUAGCUGUAAGGUAGAAGCCUCAUACUCACAGCUCUCUGCUGAAUAACGUCCUGCUGUACCACACCUAAUAUGUGCCAGAAGCCCCAUGGAGAGCUGCUUUUGCUAAACUCUGCUGUCCAAUUCUCUCGUGCCAGUCUAAAAGGGGGCUUUGAAUGUCUGCUACACAAUACUGGGUAGUGGCUGGAUGACCAAUAAAUGGUUUGGUGGACCAAAGUAAAAAAUGGGUAAAUUAGCACCUUGUUAGUGAGUUGACUUCAUCCCCUGGUCUCGGAGUGCACACUGAGACCAUCACUGCUCCAACCUUCUGAGUCUUGGCUACUCCUAUCAGCACUUCCAGAGUUUACUGUAUUUGCUUAAAAAAAACCUGACUUAAGAAAUAUGCAAUUGUUUUCCUGUACUUUCCAGUAAUUCCAAAACUGUCACUUAUGUACUGAUCCAGAUACUAAUGUAAUGCCAAUGUGUACUGAGCACUUCCAGUGUGAUGUAAGCAGAUUCUGCUCUGAUGUUAAGGGACGAGGAGCAGCUUCUGCACAGACUGUGGAAUAUCCAACGAGUUUACAAAUCAAGCAUUUUAUUAAAGAAUCAAAGUUAAGUGAAAACGAAA